UGGGGUAGAUUUGAUAACAUAUUUUCAUCACUGAAAAACAAAUACAGUAUAUGGACUCACAUUGUGCAUAAUUGCAUAGGAAAGUUCAUCAGAAAGUUGCGAAAGGUUGGUUGUUUACUCUGGGCCUGAAAAUGACCGUCAUAAUAUAGAAGGUUCCCAGCAGUUGCCCUGGGCUUUACACUUCCAAGCUUCUUGGGAUUGUUUGGACAGAAAGAAGAGGAAGAAGAUCCUGUCAUUAUGUCAAUGAAGAGAGCGAAAUUAAGUCAGAUGAGAGAUGAUCUUGUUGGGGCAGAGCGAUACUAUCAUGAGGCCUUGGCACAGGUGAACCAAAAAAGAGCAGCCAAUAACAUAACCGAAAAAGACUUUUUGUUUGCUGUUACGAAUAUAAAUGAUUGUUUGGCAGAGCUUGCUCUGGUUCAAGGACAGUUAGACACAGCAGACAGGUUGUAUAAAGAGGUCAUGAAAGGUUGCCUACAAAUUGGGUUGGAGCAGACUGAUAAUGCUAUCGUGGAGUUGUCUAUAAAGCUGGCAAGUAUCUAUGCCAUGCAGAACAAAAUGGCUGAAGCUAGAUUGGGGUUUCAGCAUGCUAUACAGACACAGGAAAAGAAAAUGAUGGAGACAGAGAAUCCAGAUGAAAAUACAAAAGCUCUUCUUGGGCUUGCAUUGGAGUCAUUUUCCCGGUUCCUUAUGGUGCACAAGGAGUAUGAUGCGGCAGAAAAAUAUCUAACGAAGUCAUACGAUUUAGCAAAAGAAGUUCUGGGAGAGGAGCAUCCACAGACAUUAGUAAUUCUGAACGAUCUCGCCACAAUUGAUAUUAUUAAAAAGAAAUACAGCAAAGCCGAGGCGGCUGUGAAAAAGGCUAUAGCAGUCGGUGAACGUGUGAAGUCACCAGACGUGGCCUCAUUCUACUGUAACCUAGGGGCAGUUCAUUUGAGGCAAGAUCUUCACUUGGAGGCCAAAGCAGUGUGCACCAAAGCCAGAUCAAUGGCCGUGAAGGCCGGAGAUGAUGCUGCCAAAGUACACGCAGAACGAUGUCUCAGAAAGGUGAAAGAAGUUGAGGAAAAACAACAGAAACAAAAAGCUUGAUAGAAUGUGAAGAGAGGCUAUUCUCACUUUGUACAGAAAUUUUGUGCCCUUAAGUGAUGUCAUUUGUUACAUAGCGCUGUGAUACAGGCCAUACAUGUGCCUGGUUAGAGAGAAAAAUAUCUAUAAGACAUCUUCAUGAAAAUGAUGUGUGGUUAAAAACAGUAUUUGAAUUCUUAAAAUUUUUAUGGAGAAAUGGUUUGUUUUAGUCUUUUAUAUGGAAUGUUAAAGUUAACCAUAAACAUUUUUUAUUACACUGCUAUAAGUACAUGUAUAUACAAUGCUCUCUUGAUUGUUCAUCUUGUUUAAUAUGACAUAUGAGGAAGAAAAUGUUGUAUGAAAUCACAAUUAGAACACUGAUUAUACAUGUUCACCUACAUGUAUUUAUGAUGUUACAAAUCACACGGAAACACAAGUAGUGGUGGGGGGGAAUUUGACUCAGCUCUAUGCUGGUACCAAUUCCACGAAGCCAUUUCUGACGCAAGUCCAAAUUUACAAGAUGAUUUUAGAAUUUAUAUUUGAGCCGUAUAAGUUAAAAUUUUGACCACAUGGCCAGUAUUAUCUUAAAACACUCCCGUCAAAGGGCUUUGUGGAAUCGGCCUCAGGACUUUAUGAUCAAAUGGACAUACAGGAUGGUGGUUCAAUCCCAGCCAGGGAACCAGGAAGUUUCAAGAUUCCCUUGCAUCUGGUGUUUCCAGGGCCUUGUCAACAGCACAUUGUGUAGGGUCAUUUUGUGGUCUUAAAUUCACGUGUCCACCGUCCACAUGGCAUACACGAACAGUAACACAAUAUUAGGGAGCGUUUGACCUCAAAAACGCCAGAUGUUGAAACCCGCCUUUUUAGAACCCGGUGGCAGACCUAUCAUCCUCUAAGUAAAGCCGACUCUGCAGGGAAAAAUCUGUUUGCCAGA